AUGUCGAAUAAUGAAAAUUCGGACCAGAACCAGGCAGAGCGCCUGAAAACUGAGUUGUACGAUUGCGUUAGCAAAAUUGUGGACGAGGAGACCUUGAAACUCGAUGCCACUGCCACGCCCCAGUUCACCAACGCCCUGCUAGAGCUGGCAUGGUCACACCUUGAAUCUGCUGUCGUUGAUGUAGAGGCUUUUGCCAAGCAUGCCGGGCGGUCAACUGUCACCCCUGCUGACGUGCUGAUGCUUUGUCGCCGCAAUGACGGGCUGAACCAGACCCUGCAUAAAUACAUGGAGCACCUGGAGAAUGAGCGCGAAGAGAACUCAUGA